AUGUACAAUUUGGGGCAUGCGGGGUUGACGUUUUGGAGUCCAAACAUCAAUGUAGUACGUGAUACAAGAUGGGGAAGGACCCAAGAGACAUCCCGUGAAGAUCCUUUCAUGGUUGGUGAGUUUGCAGUUAACUACGUUAGAGGCCUGCAGGAUGUUGAGGGAACAGAGAACGUUACGGAUUUGAACUCUAGGCCUCUCAAGGUCUCCUCAUGCUGCAAGCAUUAUGCUGCUUAUGAUAUUGAUUCAUGGCUUAACAUCGAUCGACAUACUUUCGAUGCAAGGGUUUCUGAGCAAGAUAUGAAGGAGACUUUUGUCUCUCCAUUUGAGAGGUGCGUCAGAGAGGGUGAUGUAAGCAGUGUUAUGUGCUCCUUUAAUAAAAUCAACGGAAUCCCUCCUUGUUCUGAUCCAAGACUCUUGAAAGGAGUGAUAAGAGACGAAUGGGAUCUUCACGGAUACAUAGUAUCUGAUUGUUAUGGUCUUGAGGUGAUUGUGGACAAUCAAAACUACCUUAAUGACUCAAAGGUGGAUGCUGUUGCAAAAACCCUACAAGCAGGGUUGGAUUUGGAAUGUGGCCAUUACUAUACUGAUGCCCUUAACGAAUUAGUCCUGACUGGGAAAGUGAGUCAGUAUGAACUAGACCGGGCGUUGAAGAAUAUUUAUGUUCUGCUUAUGAGGGUUGGAUACUUUGAUGGUAUCCCGGCGUAUGAGUCGCUUGGACUGAAGGAUAUCUGUGCUGCAGAUCACAUUGAGUUGGCAAGGGAAGCCGCAAGACAAGGGAUCGUUCUUCUGAAGAAUGAUUAUGAAGUUUUUCCAUUAAAACCUGGAAAAAAGUUAGCAUUGGUUGGGCCCCAUGCCAAUGCUACUGAAGUUAUGAUUGGAAACUAUGCAGGGCUGCCCCGCAAGUAUGUAUCUCCUCUUGAAGCCUUUUCUGCCAUUGGAAACGUCACGUAUACGACGGGCUGUUUGGAUGCUUCAUGCAGUAACGAUACCUAUUUCUCUGAAGCAAAAGAAGCUGCAAAAUCUGCAGAAGUUACCAUCAUUUUCGUAGGGACUGACUUAUCGAUCGAGGCUGAGUUCGUAGAUAGAGUUGAUUUCCUACUCCCAGGCAACCAAACAGAGCUGAUCAAACAAGUUGCUGAAGUCUCCAGUGGUCCUGUGAUUCUUGUAGUCCUCAGUGGUAGCAAUAUUGACAUCACUUUUGCUAAAAAUAAUCCCAGAAUCUCAGCCAUUCUCUGGGUUGGCUUUCCUGGGGAGCAAGGCGGACACGCCAUUGCAGAUGUUGUUUUUGGGAAGUAUAAUCCUGGAGGAAGACUACCAGUGACAUGGUAUGAAGCUGAUUAUGUUGCAUGUUUAGAGACCCACAUCAUGGAUGCAAAGACUCCUAGCCCACAGUAA